AUGACCAAGAAUCGUCCUCCAUCUCGACUCUUUUCGUGGUUAUCACAAUGGACUCGUCGAUAUAGCAGUAGUGAUGAUUCACCUUCUUGCGACGAUACAUCAUCACCCUCUUCUUAUUCACAACCACCACAACCACAACCACAAGUAACAAGCACUGAACCUAUUAAUGUACCACGUCCUUCGAUUACGUUAUCAGUGGCUGGUACCAUCGAUACUUGUUUUUAUUCGACUUCCUCCUUCCAUUCUUCUACCAACAAUCCUUCAUGUUCCAGUAGUCCACGACGUGCAUCGGCCAUGAAUGAAAUAUGGAAAGGCAACGAAGACCCGCUGAUCACUACAACAGCGACGAAUGGCCAUCAUGCAGCAGCAGCAACAACUGUUUCAUUGGGAGCCAGCUAUCCUGAGAAGCGAUUAUCGUUUCAUCAUCAUCAUCAUCAUCAUCCUCAUCAUACCAGCAUGUCUGUAUCACCUUGUUCACCACCAGCAUCUGUACAUCGACCUUCAUCCGUAUUUUCAUUACCUCCACCCAAUACUACUACGACUCGUACCAAUCGAGAUGACGUUAGACCUCCUCGUUUGUCAUAUGACAUGGAUGUUGUGCUUUCACCCACAUUACUAUCCAACAACAACAACAACAACAACCAUCAUUAUCAACAUCAUCAUAGCAUGACUCCAUCCACUACUACUCACCAUAAACAAGAGGAUGUGGUCGAGGAAAAACCCAAGAAGAUCAAGAUCAAGGAUUCAUCAUGGCCACGCGCUGAUCGCAUGAUUAUCCGCCAAGAAUUAGUGCGUCUUGCUUUAGAUGGGUUGUUUUAUAGUCCUGUGAAUCUCUCGGACCCCUCCAAAGAAAGAAAGAUCUUGCAUAUUGGCUGCGGUGAUGGAUCAUGGUGUAUGGACAUGGCAAAGAAAUACAAGCAUUGUUGGGUAUUAGGCAUGGAUGAACGUGAUGUAUUGGAUCGACACAAGACGAUGCCCAGCAACUUUCGCUUCAUACGUGUACAACAUGACAUGUUGACUGACCUCAAACGCUUGUCCGAGGAUCAAUUUGACUUCAUCUAUGGGCGAUUUCUCAUCUUUUCAUUACCACCCGAUCUCUAUCGUGAUAUUGUGCAAGAGUGUUGGCGGCUCUGUCGUCCUUCAGGUUACGUAGAAAUGAUGGAAUUGGAUAUGCGUAUCUAUGGGAACCCACAUAUUGGUCCAAUGACCCAAGAAUUGAAUGCACAAGUCAUUCAUUUGAUGGAACGGAGAUCCCUUGAUCCACAUUUCGCACAACAUUUACAAGAUGUCUUUUUCUUCCAUGAGCUUGUGGAACAGAUGCAUCAACAGCAUGGUUACGCCUAUCAUGCCAAGCAUACAUCACUUCCUCUUGGGGUAUGGGGUGGUCGCAUUGGCGUCAUGUUCAGAGACGAUUUACAUGAUAUGAUUGAAAUGAUCCAUAUACGCGAACAACAACGAAAACGUCGACCAUCACCACGACCACGACAGCGGUCCUCAUCCUCGUCUUAUUUUACCUAUAUCGAUCAUUCGGCUUAUACUCAAGAUGAUGAUGAUGAUGAUGACUAUGAUGAUGAUGAUACAAGCGACUUUGUGGAUGACUAUGAUCCUUGGACCGAUCAACGAUUACGAGCAACAUUGGAACAAAUGGAUGAAGAGCUUGAGAUGCAUUGGGCGUUUAUGAAUUUGCAUCAUGCUUAUGCACAAAAGUUGUGA